GGCCGGGGAAACUACCGUCGGAGCGACGGACCCCGCGGGGCGGCGCGGGCCCAGGGAAGGGGGCGCUGCCCCGCCAGGAGCGGGGCUGAGGGGCACGAACCUCCCCCGGCAAGGGCAGGGGGCCAGGCCUCGGAGCGGCCCGACCGCCCCCCGCCCGAGAAACUGUAAAGGGGAAUGUCUUACUGCCUCAAGUCAGAAAGCCUUUUGGACACAGGCCCAAUAUAUGUGCGUGAAAAUGGGCACCUGUAUAUGGUAAAUCAGGGUUCUGGCACUGUAAAAAAUGCCACUCCAAAACCAAGGCCUUUUAGACUAUUUUCCAAAGGAUUCUCUGUGGAGCUUUGUAUGAACAGAGAAGAUGACAGUGCAAGGAGAGAGAGAACAGAUCAUUUCAUCUUUACUUAUACUAAGGAGGGGAAUCUCCGGUACUCAGCCAAGUCUCUCUUUGGCUUAGUGUUGGGUUAUAUUUCUGACAAUGUUGAUCAUAUUGAUUCGUUGAUUGGCUUUCCAGAGCAGAUUGCUGAAAAGCUUUUUUCUGCUGCAGAAGCAAGGCAAAAAUUCACAGAACCAGUUACAGGACUCAGAGCACUACAAAAAUUUACUGAGGCUUAUGGAAGUCUGGUGCUUUGUUCAUUAUGUUUACAGAAUAGAUAUCUGGUUAUUGCUGAAAAACUUGAAGAAAUUAAGUCUUUCAGGGAGCUGACCUGCUUGGAUCUUUCCUGUUGUAAACUUGGAGAUAACCAUGAAUUGCUGGAACAUAUCACCAAAGAAGCUCUGUCUAGUGUAACUCGACUCCUCUUGAAGGAUAAUUGUUUGUCAGAUGCAGGCCUUCGCAAAAUGACAGCACCAGUUCGAGUGAUGAAAAGGGGACUUGAAAAUCUUUCUGUAUUAGAUUUGUCUUGUAACCCUGAAAUCACUGAUACAGGAAUUGGGUACCUUUUUUCUUUCAAGAAGCUGAAUUAUUUGGAUAUUUCUGAAACAGGUCUCAAGGAUGUUAAGGCUGUCAUUCAGAGGCUCCAGACCCAAAUAAGCUUAGUUCAUUCAAAAGUGCCUCUGAAAGAAUUUGAUCAUAGUAACUGCAAAACAGAGGGAUGGGCAGAACAGACAGUGUUGCAGUGGGAGCAGUUGGCUAUGAAAACUGUCAAGCCCAAGGAAAACUUGAAGUCCAGAACGGCAGCUCAACACUUCUAUGGAAAGAGACGCAGGAUAGAAGAACCAGUCAAGUGCACAUUGGUGCAGACUAGAGCAAAAGAUUCUGAAAACUUGCAGUUCUAUAAGGAUAAAGUACAAAAUUGCCAUUUCCCUUUAUUAAAAAAGGAGGCUGCAGCUAGCCACCAAUUAAAGAAAAAUAAAGAGAAAAGUUUAACUGAACAAGAGAGAGAACGAACUUCAAAGCAGAAGCACAUGUGCCUGACCAUGGAAGAUUGGGACUUGUUGAAUACCUAUUGAUUUAGAAAGAUUUCCCUUUUUUCCUGGUGGUAAAGUUAUUAGAAGUAUCAAUUUGAAUUUGUGUAUGGAGAAAGGAGACUCAUCUUUUUUAAAAACAGCAGUAGCAUAGCAGCAAAGUAUAGCUACUCGUGGUGGGAGAGGGGAGUGCUAGACCCAAGAGGUGGAGAGAUGAUCAUUCUAAUGUAUAUUUUCUAUACAUAAUUUUUUCAAAUAAAUUUUGUCAUCAUCCUUAACUAA